AUGACAGCGAAUCUGUCAACAGCACAAGCAUCACCGAGAACAAGCAAUCAGGACUCUUUGUAUUCUGAAACCAAUUCUGUAACUGCGACUGUUGCAUCUGGUGUUUUCUCUGCCUCAUCUUCAGUUUCCAGCAUAACCCAAAAUCCACCAGCCAAUUGUUCUCUUGUGUCUUUAUCUACAACAACUGAUAUCCCAAAUAUUGGAGCUCCACCGGCUACAUCUUCCUUUUGGGCCUCUCAUCCUUCCUCGUUUGAAACAAUUUGUAAAAUAAUGAAUGUUCAACCACACCUUUUGAUUAUUCCUUGUCCUCAUGCAAAACACUUUUCCCAAACACGUCUCAUUGACUACCAGGCCUUUUGCAAACUUGUUGAAAUUGACCCUGAUCGAGUUCUUUCUAAAAUGCUUUAUGUUCGUGUUGAAAGCAGAUAUUUUGACACAUUUUUUGUUAAUAUUGAAACUAAAACUCAGCCGGUAAAUUCCAAUAAAGAACCUCAGCAAAAAGAUCAAGAAAAAGCUCUUUCGUCUGAAACUAUUUCUGUUGAUUCAAAACUAACUGAUUCUUCAUCAACGCAAAUAAGUCAGGUAAUUGAAAAUAUUUUAGAUCCAUCUGAAGAAUUAGUGGAACCAACGUCUUUUAAUUCAACUCUUUCCAACUCAAUUUCAAAACCUAAAGAGUAUGGCCAGAGCUCUUUGGUGCAACCUACAAUGUCAUCCAUACCUCAAAAUUUAACUUCAUACCAUGAAUUUUGCAAAUCUUUUGGCAGUCUAGACUCCUCAAAAGUUUCUACUUUUCAACACUUUCUUUCUUUUAAUUCUUCCUCUUCUUCCAACUCCUUGCCUUUAGCAUUUUUAGAGCAUAUUAUAUCCAAACCCGAGACACCUACUUAUAAUCAGUUUUGCCAAUCAAACUCUCAUUUAGAAAUGGAUUCUCUUUCAACUAUGAAAUCAUAUAUUGUAUCCCUUGUUACAGAUUCCCAAGACUUUUUUGAACCUACUGGUCUGGCAGCGCUCGACCAAAAUGAUAAAUCCGAAGCUAAGAUAUCUUCUGAAAAACUUGCUUCAGAUACAAAUGACGCAAAAGGGAUAACUGAGCAACGGAAAAGAAAGUUUAGUGAAAUACAAACCCCAUUAGAGUAG